AGCACAUUCGCUGUUGUAGCACAUCGAUAGACGGGCCAACUAAUCACAUUACCAACCAUCAGCCGUCAGCCACCAGCUACCAUUCGCCCAUCAGCUAUAUCGUCAGUCGGAAACCGAAUCGCAGACCCGCAACACAUUGCAUACUUUUUGGCGCGCUUCGAAAUAAACACACCAAUACUUCCACCAACAGGCAGUACACCAACACAGUCAGGCUCGGUUGCUGCGAGUGUGCGAGUGUGUGUGAGUGCUUCCUGAAGCCGCCCUUCCUGCGAAGCGACAAAAUUCAUCAACUCUUGUGUCUGAAUGCGCUCGUUCAUCGAGGAGAACGAGAAGAACGAUCCGUUGAUCAAUGCGCCGGAUAAGAAGAACAAUCCGUGGGCCGAAAAGGGCAAAUGCGUUAUCAUGUAAUAUUAUCGUAAACCACAGAAAUACCGCCAUAACUAUGAUAACCAGCCAAACAACAAUAAUGCAACCCAUUCCACGACUCAUACCACGACAACAAGAACAGCAACCACAACAACGACAACAGCCACAGCAUCCAAUCAAUAUAACUUUGGGGCGCAGACCAAUAGCCAACAAUUAGAAACACAAAACCGAUGUAGCAGCCAAGUUUCGGGGCGGAACGAAUCCCUAGAUCUGGUGCCGGUGGAGAUGCAGCACUACAACAACAACUACUAUUACUAUUACAACUACAACUUGAGCUAUGAACCGCCGGAGGAUCGGUCGAUGGGCGGCGGUGGGGUCAAGAGGGGCGGACGUCGCCUGCAGCAACUGGUGCGAAGGACGAGGUACGAGCUGCAGCAAUGGCCGCUGCUCAUGCAGUUGGUCCUGUUCGUCCUCUGGCUAAAUGCCAAAUUCUGGCAGCUGGUCAACGAACAGGUUACCUACCGCCGCAGGAGGUGGCAUUGAGGUUCGAAGACGGUGGCGGAGGACGUCGGGUGUUGCUUCUUGGUAUGAGUUCGAUCUAGGCUUAAGUUGUGAAAAUUAUGCCCACACUCUUACAAUCUCAUCUCAAUAAAAUUAAUCAAAAUGCACUGCGUAGUGGAAGCAGCGAACCACA